AUGUUAACAUCAAUGCCACAAUCGUCAACAUUUAAAUUAGUUUUAACAAGUACCUUUACAAUUGGAUUUAUAGUCAUAGCCAUCAUUAUGGUAUUCAGGGGUAUUUGUGAAGCAAAAAAAUUAUUUAUUGAUUAUUCAAAUUUGCAAGUGCCACAAAUACCGAUGAAAAACUCUCGACAUCAUAUACAACAGUCUGUACAAAUGGCAGUCACAGCUUCUUCCACACUUCCAACUUCUAUCCUUACAACAGUUAAAUGCCAAACAAUUGAACAAAAAUCGGACAAAGGCGGUGGUGGCGAUAUGAAAGAAAAUGAUGUGUCUGAUAAAAAGAAUUUAAAACCGUUCAUCACAAUUGAACAACUAAAUGAUCAUACUGUAAUUCGAAAGGCGAAUGUCAUUCCUAAAUCUAUGGUGCCCGUAUGUAGAAGUAAAAAUAUAGUGUUUAAUUGUACAUCCAAUAUCAAUGACAAUGACGAUGUUAAUGUUAAUCAAACAGAAAAAACAUGUGCUACCCGUCAGAAUUUACAGUCAUAUUCAAAUCAGAAUAAAGCUGGAAGAAUAUCAUCAAAUAUUGCCAAUGUAUGGUCACCGGCAAGAACAAAACGUCUUUUCCAGACAUCAUCAACAGUCGUUCAUACCAGAGAUACACCAGCAACUGUUAUUACACAUGAUAAUAGUGUGAAUGAAACACUAGUAUCAACAACGAUAGGUAAACGUUAUACGCGAUACUCUAUUAUUAAUCGAUAUCCAUUUCAACAUCAACAAGUUGUUCAACCGUUAAUGAAUAUUAAUUCGAAUGAUAUAACAGCUGAAUUAAAUGGAAAUAGAUACUUUGAGAAUACAAAAUCAAUAAAUUUGUCAGAAAUAAAUAAUGAAUUUGAUCUUAAUUAUCAUUCAUCUGAUAUAAUUGAUCAAUCCAGCUAUUUUGUUCAAAAUUCAUUAUCGCCACGACAAUUUGACGAGGAUAGUGAUCAAUUUCUACAAUAUGCCAAUGAACUUCGAAUGACCAACGAUCCAGACUCCGUUGAUACUUUAUUUGAUUUGAAUGUUUUAAAAAUUGUAUUUGCACCCAUUGAACAAAAUAAUGAUAUCUCUACUAUCACGGAAAGUAUAUGGACAACAGCAGAUGAUUGGAUAUUUGAUGAAAUAUUAACAACUCGAAAUAAAGAUGAAAAUUUAUUUCAAUGGAUGUCAACAAUAAUAUCAACUAUUGACAAUAGGGUAUGA